AUGAUUGAGGAAAGUGGGAACAAGCGGAAGACCAUGGCAGAGAAGAGGCAGCUGUUCAUAGAAAUGCGUGCUCAGAAUUUUGAUGUCAUACGACUGUCAACUUACAGAACAGCUUGCAAAUUACGAUUUGUACAAAAACGAUGCAACCUGCAUCUCGUUGAUAUCUGGAACAUGAUCGAAGCCUUCAGAGACAAUGGCCUUAAUACACUGGACCAUAGCACGGAGGUCAGUGUGUCCCGCCUCGAAACUGUCAUCUCCUCCAUAUACUACCAGCUGAACAAGCGCCUUCCUUCUACUCACCAAAUCAGUGUGGAACAGUCCAUCAGCCUCCUCCUUAACUUUAUGAUUGCUGCAUACGACAGUGAGGGCCGAGGCAAGUUGACGGUAUUUUCAGUUAAAGCUAUGUUAGCAACCAUGUGUGGUGGAAAAAUGCUGGACAAAUUGAGAUAUGUUUUCUCCCAGAUGUCAGAUUCCAAUGGCUUAAUGAUAUUUAGCAAGUUUGACCAGUUUCUGAAGGAAGUUCUGAAGCUCCCAACAGCUGUCUUUGAAGGGCCUUCUUUUGGUUACACAGAGCACUCAGUCCGCACCUGUUUUCCACAGCAGAAAAAGAUAAUGCUAAAUAUGUUUUUAGACACAAUGAUGGCCGACCCUCCUCCCCAGUGCCUUGUCUGGCUCCCUCUCAUGCACAGGCUUGCCCAUGUCGAGAAUGUUUUCCAUCCCGUGGAGUGCUCCUACUGCCGGUGCGAGAGUAUGAUGGGUUUCCGGUACCGAUGCCAGCAGUGCCACAACUACCAGCUCUGCCAAAAUUGCUUUUGGCGUGGCCAUGCCAGUGGCCCUCACAGCAACCAACACCAGAUGAAGGAGCAUUCCUCUUGGAAAUCCCCUGCAAAGAAGCUGAGCCAUGCAAUUAGUAAAUCUUUGGGGUGUGUACCCACCAGAGAACCCCCGCAUCCUGUUUUUCCCGAGCAACCAGAGAAACCACUUGACCUUGCAAAUAUAGUUCCUCCUCGCCCUGUGACUAACAUGAAUGACACCAUGGUGAGCCACAUGUCCUCUGGAGUACCCACUCCCACCAAGAGGUUACAGUAUAGCCAGCCUAUACGCAGUCACUUGGCCGAUGAGCAUGCCCUGAUAGCCUCCUUUGUGGCCCGUCUGCAGCACUGUGCACGUGUCCUGGACAGUCCCAGCCGACUGGAUGAGGAACACCGGCUGAUAGCUCGCUAUGCUGCCCGGCUGGCUGCAGAAGCGGGAAACAUGACCCGUCCUCCCACUGACCUGAGCUUUACCUUUGAUGCCAACAAACAACAAAGACAGCUUAUUGCAGAACUGGAAAACAAAAACAGAGAGAUCCUGCAGGAGAUUCAGCGUCUCCGUCUGGAGCAUGAGCAGGCUUCCCAGCCCACCCCUGAGAAGGCCCAGCAGAACCCCACGUUGCUGGCAGAGCUGCGGCUGCUGAGGCAAAGGAAAGAUGAACUGGAGCAGAGAAUGUCAGCACUGCAGGAGAGCAGGCGGGAGCUCAUGGUUCAGCUGGAAGGGCUGAUGAAGCUACUGAAGGAGGAAGAACAAAAGCAGGCAGCUCAGGCCACAGGAUCGCCACAUACAUCGCCCACUCACGGAGGUGGCCACCCAAUGCCCAUGCCCGUCCGCUCAACAUCUGCUGGCUCCACACCCACCCACUGCCCGCAGGACUCACUGAGCGGAGUCGGCGGAGACAUGCAGGAGGCCUUUGCACAAGGUACGAGGAGAAACCUCCGCAAUGACCUGCUGGUGGCUGCCGACUCCAUCACCAACACCAUGUCAUCCCUGGUGAAGGAGCUCCACUCAGGGUCACGGGACUCCUUGGACUUGUUUUCACAGCAGAGGAAGGUGCAGAGGAAGAAGAAGAGAAGAUGCAGAAUGGGAAAGACAGAGGUUAGCGGAGGAGCCGGGACAGAGAGGAAGCGUGUCACACCUCCCAGGCCGGAGCCAUCCUAGCAGCUGGAACCCAAGUUCGGGGUUUCUUCAAGAGCCCAACUGCACCUCUUCCCCUUGCCCAGCCCUGCCAGCGUACCCGCUGGGCCCGGGGUACAGGCCUCGACUGUCUUGUGCUGGAGCUGGGCCUCAGGCAGGGCUUGGUGUCACCUGUGUCGGGAUGCAGUUGGCAGACCAGAAUCUGCUGGGUGGACAGGCUCUAGGAUCAAGGCCUCAGAGGUCGGCUGAGGGCCACCCACAUCCUGGGGCUGCCUCUGCCUCUUUGUCCCUGUUUUCCCAUGGCCAGUGUCAUUUCUCUAUGGGGGUGCAAACCACAGCCAGUAUACCCCUGAGGUUCCGUCAUCCAGAACUGUAACCUGCUGCAGUUCCUCACCACAGACACCUAUUUCUGUCAUGCAGGAUCACACUGACCCCACAAAGCCAGCCAAGCCAUUUCCCGUGGCACCUGGCCAUGCUGCACCUUCUCACUUCCUAAAAAAAUUAAUAAAAGUACAGAUUUCCCCACAGGCAAAUGCCCAUUGACUUUAGGAAUUAGUCUUUCACAUUUUUCCAUCUCAGGACCUUAACUCUUACCUAGUUCCAGUUCCAAGAUACUGCAGCUUCUGGGCAUGCUCACUGAAAGGAAGGGAUGAAAAUAAUUGGACAACCAAUCUGUUCCAGAGAAGAGUUAUUUCAAGGAUAGAUGCCUUUGGUGCAGCCAUGAGAUUUAUCUUUAUUUUUCAAUCUUUUCUGCCCUCCCCUCCCCUACUUCUUGUGUUUCAAAGUUAGGCCAACUUCCAGGCAGAGAAGGCAGGGCUGCAGCCUCAUGAUCCAGAAAAGGAAUUUUUCCAGACUCUUCCAAGUGGUCUAUCCUGGAGCAGCCUCUGGGCCUUUCCCUGACACCCGCCCCCACCCAUCCGCACCAGGGCCCUGUUCCACCUGCACCCUGGGACCUGCCGUCUCUGAGCCUGCACUGAGUCAGGGAUCCUGCAGGCUAUGGCGGGCAGCACCCAAGCUGCGGAAAUUCUCCCUGCCCUGGAAAUCAGAGCCCCCGGGGCUCAGGCAGGCUUCUACCUACACUCACUGCACAUUCCGCCAAGGCUCUUCCUUACAGCAGCCCCAGGCCGCCCCAGCCAGCAAAGGAGUCAGGAGCCGACUUGCCCUUUGGGAGGCUGCCAGAAACCCUGUCCCCAGGGCACAGGAACUGGGGGACAAGGAAAGGCGGGCCCACCCCCUCUUCAUGCAGAUAAGGGAACCAAAGGCCCAUGACCUGACCCAAGAGCUUGAUGCCAGAACUAAAAUCUGGGCUGGGUCUUCUCCUAACACUGUUUCUUGACCCUAUUAGAAGUUAGGAGAAACUCACCAGUGGUGAGGAGUCAGAUGAAAAGCAUAAAAACUCAGGUGGUUCAUUUUCAGAGGCGCCUUAAGGUCUGCUGUCUUCAGCACGAGGCUUUCUUCCCUCCCUCUCAGUGUUUACAGGCAAGUCGCCGACCUCUCUGCCCUUCUCAGUCAAUUCUUCCCAAGAAACCAGCACAUUCCAAACCUUACAUUGCAAACCCAGUUUUUCUCCCUUCUCUUGAAAUGUUUCCUGGCCUGGUGACCUAAGCA